AUGUCAUUGUCGCCAUCCAAAUCAGAUCACAAUCAAAAUGACGACACGAUACUAUCAACCGAAACGCUCGAUGCAUUAAAACCAUACAUACAUGCUCUCGUCACCAUCACUCGGCUUUUACGUUGGAAGCCAUACAACAAUGAUAAAAGCUCUCCAACAUCAACGAUGAUUUUGGUAAUGACUGCCUGGUCGAUUCUCUUUUACCACCAUCAACUUGUUCUUGGCCUUGCUGCACCCAUCUUUAUCGUCUACUUGGCUACUGCUCACUCAACCACCACCACCACUCCCACUCCCACCACCACUACUACAACAACAACAACAGCUGAUCAACGUCGGCAUGCGAACAUUGACAAUGAGGACCAUGUGUUUGUGAAUGAGCUUCUCGAGCUUGUGCAGCUACUACCAACGACAACACCACAACCCUUUAAAGUAUACAACGAAAGACAACGAGACGGCAUGAUGAUAAUGACGACUUUGUAUGCUGUAUGGCUAUACGUACUCUACUCGGGAAGACUCGGCCAGGUGGUAUGGAUGAUUGGCUGCAUGUGCUUCAUGUGGUGUAGCCCAUGGAUCACCCAACUACGCAACAUCAUUUAUGCACGACGACAAGCUGCCAUUGCUGCAUCCUCAACGCAAACAACAUCUAUAACAACGGCAUCAUCAUUACAACAGCAGCCAAAGAAACCUGAACUUGAUCGCUUGUACUGCUUUUGUAUCUAUCAACAUCAACGUUGGUGGUUGCAUACUGGUUGGAGCGCUUCAUUAAUGCUACCACAAGAUCGUCCUGUAUGGUCGGAUGAAUACCUAGAGCCGACUCCGAGUGUGGAUGAAUUCAGCUUACCUCCUCCCAUUGGCGAUCAAUGUUGGGUGUGGACCGACCCUGCAUGGAAGGUCGAUAACUCUUUGGAAAACAGCAAUGGCUGGGAAUACGGCAGUUGGGACUGGGAUGCAUGGAGUAUCAAACCAUCCUUUAAAACAUUCACCCGCAGAAAGAAAUGGAUCAGAUGUGCUCGUCUUGUAACACCACCUUCUCGAUCAUCGCACCCUCAGCUCAUACAACAUGACAACACCAACACCACCACCACCACCCCUUGUACUUCAUCAGACACCCAAAGCGAUUACAGCUCUUCUAGCAGCACUAGUACCACGCUAUUGAGCGCAUCACCACCAUCGCUUUCAUUUUCACCCAAGCCAAGACCAUCAUCUUUGCUCACUCAUCGCACAUUAUCAUCUGUAUCAACUAUCCUCACACAAUGCUGA